CGUUCACCUCUCUGUUCUCUCUCCUCCUUUAUUCGCCGGGAAGCUCGCAAAGACGUUGGCCAACUUCUCAUCAAACUUCCUUAAUCACGUUCACCUUAGUGACGAUCUGAGAUCUCUAAGGCCACUCGUCAAGCUCCGAAAAUUCGAGGUUUAAAGAAUCUCUCAUUUGCUGAUUGAUUCACAAUGGAGACGGAAUCUUCGGAUCAAUCGAAAGAGACACAAACGUCGUCGCUUAUAACCGGAUUCCCUGACGAUAUCUUGAAUCUCUGCUUAGCUAGAGUUCCAAGAUCACACCACAUGUCCAUGAAAUGCGUUUCCAGGAGAUGGAGAGAUUUCGUAUGCAGUGAUGACUUCUGUGACUAUCGCAACAAGUUCAACUUAUCUGAGUCUUGGAUCUACGCACUGUGCCGCAACGCAUCUGGCCGUGUCUUCUUACAAGUUCUGAAUCCCUCUAAAAGAGCGUGGAGAAGAGUCAGUGAGGUUCCUCCACAUGUCACUUUUAGAGACGGUAUGGGUUUUGCAGUGUUGGGUAAGAGAUUGUUUGUGUUGGGUGGGUGUGGUUGGUUAGAGGAUGGUACUGAUGAUGUUUAUUGCUAUGAUGCUGCGUUGAACACUUGGAUUCACUUACUUCCUCCUCUUUCAACGAAAAGAUGCUUCUUUGCUUGUGAGACUCUGGAUGGGAAAGUUAUGGCGAUUGGUGGGUUAGGAGUGAAUUCGAAAGCUUCACAGACUUGGGACAUCUAUGAUCCUUUAAAGAAAGCAUGUGUAUCCUGCUCAGACGCGAAUGUUGUCCGUGAUAUCGAAGAUUCAUUUGUAAUGGAUGGGAAGGUCUAUGUUCGUGGUGGUGCUGGAUCUUCAGCUGCAGUCUAUGAUGGGUCCACCGGGGUUUGGAAACGUGUGGAUGAUGAUAUGGCGGCGGGAUGGCUAGGUCCAGCAGUUGUUGUAGGAGAUGAUCUCUAUGUUUUGGAUCAGAGUUUUGGAGCUACGCUAACAAUGUGGUGCAAGGAAACGAGGAUGUGGAUUCGUAUAGGGAAGCUAUCUCAGUUGGUUAUGACGCAACAAUGUCGGCUUGUUUCUAUUGGAAGUAAUGUCUAUGUGAUUGGUAAGGAUUGCUCUACUGUGGUGAUUGAUGUUGAGAAUGUGAGGAAGACGAUGAUGAAUGGAGUAAUGGUGUGUUCUUCUAUACCCAAGACUUGGGAUGAUCAUAUUGAUGUUAUUUGCUGUAAAUCUAUAGCUAUAUAAUGUUUAACGCUCUACUGUUGAUCCUUGCAACCUGUUUAUGUUUCUCAUGUAAAAUCACAAGCCUUUGUGAUUCAGGCGAGACUGUCAUUCUGGUUUGUAUAUAACACAACAAGAUACAAUCAAAAUCAAGAAAGCUUUGGUUCUUGCAAUGUAGCAACCAGCUCCAUCA